AUGAUUUCAACAAUCGGCACAACAACAAUUCAAACAACAGCACCAAACUCGUUAGUCAUGAAUCCAACAUCUAUGUUAGUAGAAAUGAAAAGCUUCAUUCCUUCUUCAUAUACUUUUGAAACAGAAAUCCAGAAGAUAAAGCAAGAACUUUUAACAAGUAAUUUAGACUGUAGUGUGAAAGAUGAAACAAAUGAACAGUAUCUUUAUGAAAUGCAGGACCUCAUCGACCAUUUACCCAAACUACCUGAAAUCCAACAACAAAAACUCACUAUUCCUGAAUUCGAUGAAAUUGAAGUCAAAGCAACUGACUCAGUAGAAAUAAAGAAGUUCAUACGAAAGGUAAACUAUGAGUUUCUAGGAUUUCAUUGCAACCAUAAGGUUAUGGACAAAGAUUGCGACAUGGUAUAUAAGAAUGUUUCUGACAUAUAUAAAUCUGAAGAAUUUAAGACCUACGACAACUUUGUUUCGUUAGUUGCUGAAUGUGUAUGGCAGAUAAGAGAUAAAGAUAGAAGAGGUAAGGUAUGGAACAAACAAAUAAGACCCGCUAUGUUUGAGAUGAAGAGAGCAAUUGACGCUUUAGUUGUUUUAGCCGGUUUUAUUUCAAUGUA